UUGAAAAUAUUGACAUAUGAUAAUUCUAGAAAUUUUUUUGGGGCAAUGGUGCCAAAAUCACGUAUGUGACAUAGGUGUUCUGUGUAUGACAACUGGUUGGCAACAUUGUCUGAUAAACGUCAACAGUGAUAUUGAAAACAAAUCAUGAAUAUCCUCCCGAAGAAAAGGUGGCACGUGCGUAACAGAGAUAACAUUGCCCGAGUCCGCCGUGAUGAAGCGAAAGCUGCAGAAGAGGAACAAGCAAAACAAGACCGAAUAAGAUUAGCUGAAAAAGAAGCAAGGAGAGAAUUGCUCUUGCAAAGAUCCAGGGCCACAACAGGAUAUAAGGACUUCAUCCCACUUGACAAUGCCAAAGACCAACAAGAGGAACACAUCAAUUUGUUUCAAGAUGUUGAAGAGGGAACUGCAGAAGAAAAAAGAGUUAAUAAGGAACAUGAAAAGGAGAAGACAGAAGAAAGGGAGAAAUAUGAAAAACAAAUUGGUUACUUGACAUACCUUGGACAGGACACUAAUGAAGCUUUGGGUAAAAAGAGCUGGUAUGAAGUCUUACCAGACAGAACUGAAACAAGUGAAGUAAACAUGAAAAGCAAAAUUAGGGAGGAUCCUUUAGUCAAGAUGAAUAAAUACAUAGAAUUAGGAAAGAAAAUGACACAGAGUGUCUCUAAUUAUACCAGUCUUGUUCAGAGCAGUAAAGACCAAAGCAAAACGUCAUACAGGAGACAAAGAAGUGAAAGUGUGAGCAGUGAGGAAAAAUCAAAGAAAAAGUCUAAACAUAAACAUAAGAAACACAAAAAACGAAAAAAACACAAAGAGAAUCCAAGUGAAGACUAUGAUUCAGAGGAAGAAAGAUUGAAGAAAGCCAAAUUGGAAAUACUCAGGAUGGAAAGGUUGAAACGGGAAAGAGAAGAAAGAAUGAGAGCAGAACUUUUGUUUAAAAAGAUAAAUGGUGAAAAAGUGAAAGAAAACAAACCUGCCCAACAGACUCAAAAACAAAAAUAUAAUUCACAGUUUAAUCCUGAAAUAGCCAAACAAAAUUAUAAUUAAUUGAUAAUAAUAAUGUUGUUUUAAUAUUGAA